AUGGGGAGGAUGUAGACAUCUCAGGCACUUAUUUCCAGAAGCACUGAAGGUAUCAGUACUGAGCUCCAAGGCUGGGACAUCAUGUUCUCCAGAAGGAACCUUCUCCAAGCCCUCUGCACCCUCUUUCUGGUUCAUAAAGUGGUUUCUCAGCGAUGCCCUUCGCAAUGUGGACCUUGCCCAGAAGACCCACCCAGGUGUGCCCCCAACGUACCAAUUGCAUUAGAUGGCUGUGCCUGCUGUCCCGUAUGCGCUCGACAAGAUGGGGAGAGCUGCUCAGAAGUGUACCCGUGCCAAGAGGGGCUAUUCUGUGACUUCAGCGCCGAUCUCAGGGCCGAUGUUGGCAUUUGCAUGGCCCUGGAAGCCGACAAAUGUGUGUUCAAUGAUGUGGUUUAUCGCAGUGGUGAAACCUUCCAGCCCAGCUGUAAAUAUCACUGUACAUGCCAGGACGGGCAGAUCAGCUGUGUUCCCAGAUGCAACAAUGACCUACUGCUGCCUAGUCUUGAGUGCCCCAACCCAAUCAAAGUGAAAGUGCCCGGCGAGUGCUGCGAGAAGUGGAUCUGCGAUUCCAGAGAAGAGGUGUCGAUUGGCGGUUUUGCAAUGGCCGCCUACAGGCCUGAAGCCACUUUAGGGGUCGCUGCGUCUGACAUGGGCAGCAACUGCAUCACGCAGACAACAGAGUGGAGUGCGUGUUCCAAGACUUGCGGCAUCGGUCACUCAUACCGGGUGUCCAAUCGGAAUCAUCGGUGUGAAAUGCAGAAGCAGGUCCGCCUGUGUAUGGUGCGACCCUGCGAGGAGGAGAAACAGGGGCUUCUUGGAAAGGAAGGAAAAAAAUGCACAAAGGUGACAAGAUCGGAAAAACCCAUGCGAUUUGAAUACAAAAACUGCGUCAGCGUUCAGAGCUACACGCCCAAGUUUUGCGGCGGCUGCAGCGACGGCCGAUGUUGUACACCGCACAGCACCAGGACCGCCCAGGUGGAGUUCCAGUGUCCCAAAAACAGAGUUAUGAAAAAACCCGUGAUGUUCAUUAAUACGUGCGUCUGUCACUACCACUGUCCACGAGACACGAGCCUCCUCCAGACAGAAAACGCCAUGUUCCCGGGCCUGAGAAGACCAUUAUAAGGACGAGAUGAGAUCCACGCAUAAAGUUCCAAACUCCAAGCCAUAGGAUGGCCGGUGAACUUCGAUAUAAAUGUACAGUGGUUGGCAGGAAAAAAGCAUUGUGUAAUUAUAACAUUUUUAUACUUGCCACAUAUUUAAAGUAAUAAUUUAAGGAGGCAAAAGAAAAAAAUUCACGGACUGUUUUUUUUACUUUUUUUAAAUGGUAAAUAUGGUAAUUUAAAUGGAAUGUUUUAAA